AUGUCGCAGCCUCUACACGUCAAAAUACGGAUCUAUGACCUCCUACCGCCCUCGAACCUUUCCUGGAUGCUCAACACGCUCGGAACCGGUUCGUCCCGUGCGACUCCACCGUUCGCGAAUCAACCAACCUGCUCAUCAAUGCGCGGCUUACGCCCCGACCAAGCUACUGACCUUGCAUCGAACCUUUCUCAUAACAGGUGUGUACCAUUCCUCGAUCCAAUUACCCCGACGUGACGCUUCCCGACUCAACGACGACGCGUCGAACCAAGUCGAGAUCGCGUUCGGUGGACAUGACGUGCCCAGCGCAACCGGCGUCUUCACUCUCGCAGCAGGGACCGCGGCCGACCGUAUGCCAGGGCUUCGAGAAUAUCUUCUUCUCGAUGCUGAAGAAGCGUUUGGACCAGAUUGGGAGAAGGAGUUCGGGGAUCCUCAAGCGGCGAUAGAACGGACGGCCAUACCGGACCAACAACGGCGCAAGGCCUCGAGCACGAGCCUGAGUUCGAUCAAGCUACGGCAGACGCGUACACCAUCAUCCGAGAGCACGCUUACGCUUGCCGGCCCUUCGUAUGCUCAACAAAUGAGUGCGGGAUCGACGGCUUCACUCCCGCCGACGUCCAAGAGAGAUCCGUCGUCGAGCAAGGGAAAGGAGGGCAGCAAUCUAGAACCAAAUGCAGCGGAGUCUACCGAGGACCCUUUGGAAAGAGCAUGGAAAAUCGUCGAUCAGAUGAGGUCAGAAGAGGAAUGGAAAGGAACCAAGUAUUCGCUGUUGCAAAGGGUGAGCAUCUCCAACAAGCACUUUUCCGAAUUCGAGGGGUUAGGAGCUGAUCACAGUAUCCGGCUCUUGAAACUAUGUGCAGAAUUGCAACAGCUUCACGGACGAAUUGCUGUAUCGGUUGACAGGCAGACGAGCACCGGCUUGGAUCAAUAGAGCGAGUUGGGUGAGUCGGAUGAAGCGCAACUUAGCCCCACCCAAGCGCCAAGUCUGACCGAGCUCAUCGCGUGGCAUCUUCGACUGGAGCUCAGGUGGCGACGUCCGUGCCGUGUUUGGUACCGGCAGGAUGGGUCGACGAAGUGGACGAGGUUGCUCCGGACGCACCAACGCCAGAUCAGCCAGUACGGUCGGCUCCUAUGGGCCAACAACGGCGGAUGGUCGCCUCGCGGUGA